CUUUGACAUGUACAGUUGACGUCUAGUCUGAAGUAGUGGGAUUGCGGUGUGGUUUAAACUUAACAGUAGUUUUCAUAAACAAAUGUAGAUUUUUAAGUAAUUGUAGAAUAUUUUGUCUGGAUAAGCGAUUAAAAAUGGAGUGUGUAAUAGCCAAUGUUGAUCAUAUUAAAUUCGACAUAGAAGUAGCUCUUGAAGAACAAUAUGGAGCACUUCCAUUACCAUUUCAAGGAAUGGACAAAUCAACGGCAGCUGUUUGUUUAUUUUUUAGCACAAUCAAUGGUUGUAAAAAGGGUCCACAAUGCCCUUUCAGACAUGUUAGAGGAGAUAGAACCAUUGUAUGUAAACAUUGGCUUAGAGGAUUAUGCAAAAAAGGUGAUCAGUGUGAGUUCCUCCACGAAUACGAUAUGACUAAAAUGCCUGAAUGUUAUUUUUAUUCACGUUUCAAUGCUUGUCACAAUAAAGAAUGUCCAUUCCUUCAUAUCGACCCAGAAAGUAAAAUCAAAGAUUGUCCAUGGUAUGAUAGAGGUUUUUGUAGACAUGGUCCCCAUUGCAGACACCGACAUGUUAGAAGGGUAUUAUGUACAAACUAUUUAGCUGGUUUUUGCCCCGAUGGACCUAAAUGUAAAUAUAUGCAUCCACGAUUUGAACUUCCGGCACCUCCAGACCAACAAAAGGAACAGAAAAAGACUAUAUGUCAUUUUUGUGGUGAACAUGGUCACAAAGCUAUCCAUUGCAAUAAAAUGGUAGAUCCAACAAAGGUUCUUUUUCUACAGGACGAGAAGAGUCAAGAAAAUAAUGCAGAGCCAACUAGUCAAAAUUUGUACUUGCAAAAAAUGUUGCCCAAAAGACUGGAAGAUGUUACAUGUUAUAAGUGUGGUACUAAAGGACAUUAUGCCAACAGAUGUCCUAAAGGUCAUUUAGCGUUUCUAUCCCAAUCUAAGAAGGAGACAGAAAAUAAUGAUCUCUAGCGUAUUAUUUAAUUUAUGUAAGAUACUGAUAAAAAUAUGUAGGUUAAUAAUAAUUAAAUUGAAUUUUAUAUA